GUUUGCCUGAUGUCGAUCCGGUAACACAAACAGCCCGACAGCAUGACCCCACUAUUCAGUGACCAAAGCUCCAAGAAGCCAUGAGAACCAUGCCCCCGCCGGCGCGGCGAGCUCCAUGCCCUACCCACGCCACGGCCGCGGCGCCGCUCCGAAGCCGAAGGGCCCCACCCCAUCUCGCCGGCAGCGUUCCGUGGGUUGGUUGCGCCCGCGCGCACCCCCUCCAGCUGCGGCGCCGAGCCGGAGAGGCUGCUCGAUCGAGGCCGAUGCCGGCGGGGAGGAGUACAUGCCGUGCGGGAUUGGUUGGUGUUCUCGGAUCGCGGUUGCCAUCUUGUCCCCCCAACUCCCCCUUUUCCUUGGGCGAUGCGGUCAAAUCUAGGGAAAGGUGCAGACCCAUGCUCGCUCGCUGAUUCCUCAUGCUUAAUUAAUUUUCGUCCUACUGCUUUAAGCUGCGCAUUCUGAUUCUGCAAUGGCUCAAUUGGAGAAAUUACUUCGUGUUUUCCCUCUAGUAACUCUGGCAUAUUGUGUUACUCUAGUUUGUUCUGUAAUGUUUUUUACACAUGGCCCUCUUGCUUAUAAGCAAUUAUUACAAAUUAUCAUUCUAGUAGCAAUGAUCUGAAAUUCCAAGGUUUUACUCACGCCUCCUGUGUUUCUUCAAAUACGUAUUUUUGCAAGGAUUCUUCAGUGAAGAGAAGCACGUCAGAAGAUGGCGUCAGCACUCCACCACAAGAUACUGACAGAAUCUUCAACAAGCGCUCUCUGUCUGGGUAUUGUUGUGCUCUCUGAAGGAAUUGAUUCUAGCAUAUGUACUUUUAUCUGCACCUAUCUGAACAACUUUUCAGUGUGAUUCUUCUUUCCACAAAAGAUAUGAUGCCAUUACAAGACUCACUAGUCUCAGGCCAUUAUAGUGUUCUGUUCAUCUGCGCACAUCUGUGCUCAUUUCUUUGGGCUUGGUUGCUACUUCUCUGCAGAGGUAUCGGCUUGUAGAGAGAGCUCCUCUUGCAAAGACUUCUGGAAAGAGCACUCUGGUAUCUUGUUCCAUUGGCUCCCCACCAUUUAUUCUUAUUGAAUUUGGCUAGAUGGCUGGUCAAGAUCAUGAGCAAGAUGAUAGGAGUGGUCACAACAUCAGCAGCAGGUCGUGUCAAAGAUGCGAGCACUGCUAUGCACAUUAUUAUUGGUGUCAUCUGGAUGAUACCAGGAAGUAUUUCUUCGAGUGCAUGGUUGGCGAUUUCCAUGAAAAAAUGGUAAGCCCUGGUGAACAUACCCUUUCUCUAAAAUGGAAUGCCAUCCUGCCCAGAAUUAUAAACGUUUUUUCCUUACUUUUUUUUUAUUGUAUUUUGUUCCUGCAGAUCAUACCAAGGAAGUUUGUGGAGAAUUUCAAAGGUCAGAUCGCUGAAGUUAUCAAGCUAGAAGCUCCUGACGGAAACAUAUACAAUGUUCACACUAUCAAGGAUCUGAACAAGAUACACCUUGGAUCUGGAUGGGCAUCAUUUGCCAACUUAUACGAACUAAAAGAGGGCUACAUGCUGGUGUUCAGGUACAUCAGGGAUUCCCACUUCAAAGUUCUAAUAUUUGAUUAUGGAAGUUGCUGUGAAAAAGAAGUGUUCCACGUUGUCAUGAACCGUGGCGGUCCUGAUGCCCAAGAAGGCACUCAUCUUGAUCAAUCGCCACCAAGAAGAUCCCAAGAUGGUGGGCCAAGCAACGGUGAGUCCCAUCGAAGAUGUGAGUGGUGCGAUGCACAUUACUAUUGGCAUCACCUAGAUGAUAGGCAGAAACAUUUCUUCAGGUUCAUGGUUGGCAAUUUCCGGCAAGAAAUGAGCAUUCCAGAGAAAUUUGUGAACAAUUUCAGAGGGCACAUCUCUGAAGUUAUCAAGGUGGAAGCUCCUGAUGGAAAUGUAUACAGCAUUCAGGUUACCAAGGAUCUGGACAAGAUAGUCCUUGGAUCUGGAUGGGCAGCAUUUGCCGAUACUCAUGAACUAAAAGAGCAUGACGUGCUGGUGUUCAGAUACAUUGGGGAUUCUCACUUCAAAACAAUAAUCUUCGAACCAAAUGGCUGCGAGAAAGAAUUAUUCCAUGUCGUCAUGAACCGUGCUUGUAAUGUCGGAGAAACGGGCAUUUUCUGUGAUCAGCCAGUUCCCAAGGAAGCAAGAUGUAGAUACGGUGGAUCACACGACAACGACAAUAGGAAAAGUAAGAAGAAGACUCCACUGCACUUGCCUUCACCGAGAUCAGCUGAAGGUGUCGCGUCUUCAGAGGACAUCCAGGACACCAUGAAUUCGUGUGGCCUUCAGGAAACUGCAGAGCCUCUCUAUGUCCUAGCAAAAGAGUGCAAUCUGACUACAGAGCAGAAGGCAGAAGUCGGUGCGCUUGUGAAGAAGAAUAGGCCUGGAGUUCCAUUUUAUAUUACAGCUUUGAACAAGACUAGUCUGUCUGAAUCUCUGGUCAUAUGCAAGGCUUAUGCUGUGAAACACCUUCCGCAUGAAGAUCAACCCAUCACACUGUGCCAUCCUCAGAGCAGCAAAACAUGGGAUGCCAGUUUUAGGGUUAUUAUUUAUGGUACAUCUAUCCUUCCAUGCAUAACUUCUACUGGAUGGUUGGAGUUCGUUCAAGAUAGCAAAUUGCAGGAAGGUGAUAUCUGUAUAUUUGAAAUAUCGAAAAGCGACGGUAGAGUGAUCAUGGUAAUUCAUUCUCUUGAAGGAGGCUAUCACCCACCAAGUAAAGAGCCUGAAUCUCAAAACAAUUGCGAACAUCUAGUUAAGGGUGAGGCGACUGAUCAGGAUGAGGAGAGUGACGAUGAACAUGCUGAGCCUGACUGUUACUACUCAAGGUUUGCCAAUUACCUGACUGCUGAGGAGCAAGAGGAGAUAUUCGGGUUGGCAUCGAUCCAGCUGGGCAACCCUGUAUAUGUCACUGUCUUGUGCAAGUCUCACGUUCGUGGCAGCAACAACAUGCUGGUCAUCCACAACCAGUUUGCGGCUAAGCACCUUGCGGAGAGAUCCCACGACAUCCUGCUCCUGUGACCUAACAAGGAAAGGAAUUGGUGCGUGAAGUACUACUACGACGCGAGGUGCACUCGGGGCUUCAACAGCACACCCUGGGCUAAGUUCGUCUGAGAGAACAAGCUGCAGGAGGGCUAUGUCUGCGUCUUCGAACUGAUGAAAGGUGCACGGAUCAUGAAGAAGCUGGUCAUGACAGUGCAUGCGUUCCGGAAGGUGGGUGGCAGGUUCAAUCUGCUGGGCUAAGUUAAUUUGCUAUCUUUAGCUAUCUAGGUUCCUCCUAGCGGUACCGAUCCUGCGUAACUUGUGGUCGACGAAUAAUGGAUGUUGUUGCCACUGUGCUGGGAGCUGAACUGGGAGUAGCUUCUGUAUGAGGGGUUGCAGUUUUGUAGCCUAAAGCUAAGUUCUUGUGAUGUAAGUAUGGUUCCAGUAGAACAAGUUGACCUGUGUGGGAUGUUCAUUCUCUUCUGGACUCAUGCCUGCUGGCUUAUCAUCCAUGAGCAAGAUUUCAUAACUGAAUAUUUUGGUAAGGACGGAAUGACAAUAAUACAGCACAUGGAUCCACCGACAGGGUUAAUGUACACAAUAUAAUGUGUCUUCUCAA